AUGAACAAGACUCGGGCAAUUUGGUGCACAUGGGCUAUGGUAUGGUGUUCUUUUGCCCUGGUGGAUGGAGUUCUGUACGAAGUUCUACUAAACAGCUUUGAGGCAAUUCCUCAGGAUUUAGACGACAUGCUCGAGUAUGGGACGAUCCGGUUGACUCGUCAGGGAAAGAAUGAGCUCGGUGUUUCCGGGUCCUUUAGAGUGCUUCAGAACGCUGGCACAGAAACGCAGGUUCGCUGGAUAGUCUAUAAAGUCGAUUUCAUGGGACACAAGCAUAUGUUCAUCAAUGGCGCUGGUACGUUGUGCGAAAUCAUCGCGAAAGACGAACUGAUCUAUCCUGCACUGCUGGAGGUGUCCAACUUGCCGCCGCAAGAUUCGUGUCCCUUUCCCAAGGGCAACUACACGGUCAAUAACUACGUUUUGGAUGAGCAUAGGUACCCACCAGCGUUACCAGCGAGCGAUUGGAUAAUAGAGACGAUAAUGACCCGGGAGGGUAAAAUUGGGGCCGGUUUUAGGGUGAGCUUCACAACCAAAUGA